AUGGAAUUCUCAAAACAAAUUCCUAACAGUGAGGAAAACUCUAAUUCGUAUAUUAUAAAACCAAGAUUUGAUCAGAAGUUCCGUCCAUGGGCAGUAAGGAACAUCAUUUCCCAGUUACUAAAAGAACGGCUGGAAACGGAAGUAUACUCUCCUGAGAACACUCAUGAACAGUGCAUUUCCCUGGCUGAUGAAAUAAAACGCUUAUUAAGGAAAAGCCUGUCACUUCGACGCUACAGAUACUUGGUCCAAGUCAUUAUUGGUGAAAAGAAAGGCCAAGGAGUGAACAUGGCACGCCGCUGCUAUUGGGAUUCUGAUAACGAUAACUGUGCAGAUGCUUCAUUUGUAAAUGAUUCCUUAUUCUGUGUUGCCUCGGUAUUUGGUGUUUAUACUUACUAA